AACAUUAACAAACAACAACGAAAUCAUGAAAUAGGAUAUACUCUCUGUUAUUAUUUGUAUUGUAUUUAUUACAUUAGCUAUUAAAUGUACUACGUCCGUUUUAUUUAUUUGUAUAAAGUCAGUAACAUGUCAGCAGUGGGCUGGUUCUUUAAAUCGCUGUGCUUCGUGUCUGUAGUGGUGACGUGUCUCUAAAGUUUCUCCUCCUCCCGGUUCUCAGUCACACAGUCAGUAGUGAGAUUUCUGCCCAGAUUUACACUGUAAAGGAGCACGAAGGAGGACAGUUGGGACAUCAUGGGUAUCAAAUUCCUGGAGGUGAUAAAGCCGUUCUGUGCAGUAUUGCCAGAAAUCCAAAAACCUGAAAGAAAGAUCCAGUUCAGAGAGAAGGUAUUAUGGACUGCCAUCACUCUCUUCAUCUUCCUGGUCUGUUGCCAGAUCCCCCUCUUUGGCAUCAUGUCGUCAGACUCUGCAGAUCCUUUCUACUGGAUGAGAGUCAUUCUGGCCUCAAACAGAGGUACCCUGAUGGAGCUCGGUAUCUCGCCUAUCGUCACCUCCGGCCUCAUCAUGCAGCUGCUGGCUGGAGCUAAGAUCAUUGAAGUCGGAGACACACCAAAGGACAGAGCGCUCUUCAAUGGAGCUCAGAAAUUGUUUGGAAUGAUCAUCACCAUCGGACAGGCCAUCGUGUAUGUGAUGACCGGCAUGUAUGGAGAUCCCUCUGAGAUGGGUGCAGGAAUCUGUCUGCUCAUCAUCAUUCAGCUGUUUGUAGCUGGGCUCAUCGUGCUGCUGCUCGACGAGUUGCUCCAAAAGGGCUACGGUCUCGGUUCAGGAAUCUCGUUGUUUAUUGCCACCAACAUCUGUGAGACAAUCGUGUGGAAGGCCUUCAGCCCCACAACGGUGAACACUGGAAGAGGUACGGAGUUUGAGGGAGCAAUCAUUGCCCUGUUCCAUCUGCUGGCCACUCGUACAGACAAAGUGCGAGCUUUGAGAGAAGGCUUCUACAGGCAGAACCUGCCCAACCUCUUGAACCUCAUCGCCACCGUGUUUGUCUUCGCUGUAGUCAUAUACUUUCAGGGAUUCAGAGUGGAUCUGCCCAUCAAGUCUGCUCGCUACCGUGGCCAGUACAACACCUACCCCAUCAAGCUGUUCUACACCUCCAACAUCCCCAUCAUCCUGCAGUCCGCCCUCGUCUCCAACCUGUAUGUCAUCUCCCAGAUGCUUUCCACACGCUUCAGUGGCAACUUCCUGGUCAAUCUGCUCGGUACCUGGUCUGAUGCUACGUCAGGUGGUCCAGCCCGGGCCUACCCUGUAGCCGGACUCUGUUACUACCUCUCUCCGCCGGAGUCGUUUGGUAAUGUUCUCGAUGACCCGGUCCACGCUGGCAUCUAUAUCGUCUUCAUGCUCGGAUCAUGUGCCUUUUUCUCCAAGACCUGGAUUGAAGUCUCUGGCUCCUCCGCUAAAGAUGUGGCGAAACAGCUGAAGGAGCAGCAGAUGGUGAUGAGGGGACACAGAGAAACCUCAAUGGUCCACGAGCUGAACAGGUACAUUCCUACAGCAGCUGCCUUUGGUGGACUGUGUAUCGGAGGUCUAUCAGUAAUGGCCGACUUCCUUGGAGCCAUUGGCUCUGGCACCGGUAUCCUGCUGGCCGUCACCAUCAUCUAUCAGUACUUUGAGAUCUUUGUGAAAGAACAGAGCGAAGUAGGCAGUAUGGGGGCUCUGCUGUUCUAGAAAAAGCCAACCUCAUCCCACCUUCUACCAACGUUUAUUAGGAUCACCAACUUUGCAUUUUGUUUACAUCUAUGUGAAGCUCCUGCAUCGUCAGCUCUCCACUUUCAGGAUGUUCGAGGAAUCUUCAGGAAUCUCAGCUAAAAUGGGACCUUGGGAGGUGGGGGGAGCUACACAGCUUGUUGCCCCUACCUGGUAUCUUCCAAAGUAACACAAAGACCGACAUUUUAGUUGUAUUUCAUCCGAUUUUCUAACUGACUCUACAUUAUACCUCCCCGAGAUUCAUUUGAAAGGCUUCCUUUGUGUAAGAGAUGAAGUCCUGCGGGAGUUUGGUCCUUUUUUUCAGACUGACAACAGAACGCUUCAGUAUGCCGGCAUACUCGACCGGAUGAUGGAGGGCAACUGACUGCUGUGUUCUGAAAAAUGCACCUGAUGUUCUGUUUGCUGUUAUCUUAGUUAAUACUUUUACUUUCAGCUUUAUUUUAUUUUCCCCUCCUGCCAAUUAUGUGAAGGUGUGGAACAGAAGCUGAACUGUCAAGUACUGUCGUUUUCCUGAUCAGUGACCCGGUGUUAUAGCUUUUAUUGGAACAGGGUCUUGUAAGAGGAGGAUGUGGAGCUCACAUUGGGGUCCGCCUGUCGCUGUUUUAAUGUAUGGCAUUCCCAGGGAGCUGCAGUAUUAACUCACAUGUCAUAUUCCUUUUUGGCUCCCACUUUUGCAAUUUUGUUUUGUUUUUUAAUUGUCUGCUUUCAGCACACUUGCAUCAAUCGCUUUUCCACACCUGAGAAAUACUAUGACUUUCUGUAUAUAGGCCACGCAUUGAAUGAUUUUGAAUUUGUCUUAAAUGUAAGAUAAAGUCUUUUGAAUAUGUAAACAACAAAAAAAGAUAAUGCAUUUCAGAACAAACCUUAUAGAAAAACAUUCUCAAUAAAAACCUUUUUGUGGAGAAAGG